AUGGCUCAAACAUCUCCUCCUCAGUCUCUGGCUGCCUCCCCUUCUUUCCAACAAACCCGCUCCUCGAGCCAACGCCCCCCCUCCAACACACUGUUGAUCACCGACCUAAAUGACCUCGUCCUAUUCCAACCAAACUCUCUGGAUGCAAUCCGCAACCAAAUCCUGGUCCUCGCCGCCCUAAACUCCUUCUCACCGCUCCCCUCCCUCCGCCGCAUCGUCUGCUCCUUCUACUCCGAAGAAGCCGCAAUCACCGUGCGCAAGUCCCUCGAGGGCAACAAGCUCCUUGGUCGAAAGAUCACUCCCCGCAUCUACUUCGGCGAACCCACCCCGCUCAUCAGCCAGGAUGGUCCCAAGCUCCUGCAGGCCCCGCAAUCCGACAAGCUCUUCUUUAUUUCCCCGCCACCCAGCCCUCCAGCCGGAUGGGUGAUGCGCAACGAGGAGCCGCCCAACAAGGAAGUGCACGCCAGUGAUCUCGCCACCGCCCUCGCCAUGCUCAAGACCGACCAACCAGCCGAGCCGGAGUCUUUCGGCGUCGACCCCGCUACGCCCGUAUCUAUGACUUCCGACAAGCGCACUGGUAGCUGGCCCCUGGCCGGCUCGCAACAGCGCAGCCGUAGCAGCACCAUCAUCUUUCACCCCGAGGACCACGGCAAUAGCCCCAACCUGCCUGCAGUUAUGGUCGAGGAUGUUAGCUUGGACCUGGAUGACGAUGUCGAUAUGGAUGGGGACUUGAGUCCCAUCGAUAUGUCGAUUAAGAAGAUGCCGCCGAAGACUUCUCGUCCGCCUAUGGAGCUGAUGAUGGAGUAA